AUGAUGCGGAUUUUAAUAUUUGUUACCCUUCUGGCUUUCUGCCGGGGGCAAGGUGAGUUGGGUGACCUGGAUUCAGUGUUUAAACACAUUUUCGGAAACCCCAACAGCCAGACUACAGCGAACCCCUUACCUCAAGCUUCAACGUUGGUAUGGAGGAUUUCCGAUAAUGAGGUUGGCGACAAGAGCUGCAAGAUGGAGGACGGCAGAAUAGGCGAAUGCGUCAGAUACUAUUUAUGUAACGCAAACAACUCCGCCAUCACUGACGGUAUUGAUAUCAUUGAUAUUCGAAUCGUGCCUGCGAGCGACAAUGAGCCCAACGGCCAGAAGCUGAAUGUCUACUUCUGCGGUGGAUCCCUGAUCCAUCCUAGUAUUGUGCUGACGGCAGCGCACAAUGUCGCCGGAGCUAAAGCUCUAGUGGCCAGAGCUGGAGAAUGGGAUACCCAAACCACUAAGGAGAUCUAUCCACACCAGGAUAGGGACGUGGCCAGAAUCGAGGUUCACAAAUACUUUAACAAAGUCAAGGCCUUCUAUGACAUUGCAUUGCUAUUCCUGGCACAACCCAUGGAUUUGACACCAAACGUCGGUGUAGUAUGUCUGCCACCACCACGCGAGAGAGUCCCUGGUGGCACUAGUUGCUUUGCUUCCGGUUGGGGCAAGGACAAGUUCGGGAAGGAGGGAAGAUACCAGUUUAUCCUCAAAAAGGUGGAAGUGCCGGUUGUCGAACGGUCGACAUGUCAAACACAACUACAGAAUACGAGCCUUGGCCACUCCUUCGAACUGCACACUUCGUUCAUGUGCGCUGGUGGGGAAGCUGGCAAAGACACCUGCGAAGGGGACGGUGGUUCACCACUGAGCUGCCCUAUUGAGUACGAAACAGAUCGCUACAUGCAGAGCGGCAUCGUGACCUGGGGAAUCGGUUGCGGUGAAGUCGGCAUACCCGGAGUGUACGUGGACGUCUCGAACCUUCGCAACUGGAUCGACGACCAAGUGGCCGGCGCUGGCUACGAUCCAAUGACCUACACCAUUUAA